AUGACGACUUUAACGAAUGAACAGUUUGAGAGGCUUUUGCAAGCCGUCAAUAACUCCAACUCACGACCUGGCUCGUUCAGUAAUUGUUCUGCUCGUUUUAGUGGCGAGCGUAGUUGCACAAAAGUAGAGGAAUUCACUGCUGCAAUUUCUACAUUUAAGUCAGUAGAGAAAAUAAACGAUGCAGAUGCGAUUAGCGGUAUGCCUAUGAUCCUUGAGGGUGAUGCAGAAGAAUGGUGGCGCGGGGUAAAAUCAAAAGCCAAAACUUUUGAUGAUAUUGUAUGCAUGCUACGUGAAGCAUUUUCCCCUCCAAGGCCAUCUUGGCGCAUAUAUGUUGAAAUUUUUGAGAAUAAACAGCAAAAAAAUGAGUCGACGGACACUUUUAUUAGGAAGAAACCCGCACUUUUCUCCCAAUUAACUAAUGUGCCAGCCGAAGCUGACCAAAUAGACAUUUUGUUUGGGUUGUUGCAUGUGCAAAUCCGAGAUAGGGUGAACCGUCCGAAGAUCUCUAAUUUUGAAGAGCUGCUAAACGAAGCUCGUGAAGCCGAGCUGUUUUGGCAAGAACGCAAGCAGAAUGCUGCAAAUGAUGGUCAGCAUAGUAGUGUAAGUGCCCAAGCGCGCUGCGGGUACUGUCGUAAGAAAGGUCAUAGCAUGGAUGUAUAUUUCAAAAAGAAAAACGAAGAGGCCAAAGAAGCGCACGUUGCGAAUAUAGCACAAGCAGUAGCUCUGAAACCGAAGUUUGCUUGCUACGGGUGA